AUGGAACGGUCACCUCAAGAUAAAUUGAACGAUUUAACCGUCGUGAACUUGAAGGAUAUCGCGCGACAGAUUGGAGUGUCUACGAGUGGCACAAAGGUCGAAUUGGUGGCGCGGAUAUUGGCGGGCGGUGAGGACGAGUGGCGAGGUGCAUAUGAGCAUCUCGUGGGGCGUGAGGCGCAAGGGUCGUCGGCGGACGCGAAUGCGGAUGUGUCGGAGCAGCAGUCGAGUUCGGGUGGUAGAACGCCACUGCCAUCAGAUUGGAGGGAGAGAGAGAUAGAGAUGUUGAGACGCGAGAAAGCUCUUUUAGAGCGAGAAUUGAGUCUUGCCCGUCGAGAAGCGAGAAUGGAAAUGAACGCUGAGAGCAGCGAUGGCGACUACUGCGUUCAAGGCUUCGAAACCUGGAAGAAACAAGUCGAACUUUUGCGUGAAGAAUACCGAUUAGACGAGAAUUCGACUAGGAUAUUGAUCAAUUUGAGGUUGAAAGACAAAGCCUUGACCUGGUUUCACUCAAAACCAGAGCAUCUACGGUUGAAUGCGGCAGACUUGCUGUCGGAGAUGUCUCGUAUGUUCAAUAAUCGCCCCAGUGCGCUGGCAUUGAGGCGUGAUUUUGAGAAGCGGAAAUGGCGGGGCAACGAAACCUUUGCGGAAUAUUACCACGAGAAGGUGGUUCUCGCUAACAGAGCAUCCGUCGGCGAGCAGGAGCUCGUUAACCGCUUAAUCGACGGGGUGCAGGACACGCAAAUGCGGAAUCAGGCGCGGAUGCAUCGCUUCAAGUCGGCGGCGGACGUGUUGGAUGCGUUCAGAGAGCUGUCGUUGAAUGAAGGGCCCGGGGACGGCGGGGAGCGAGCUGCGAGGGGACAGCGACCAGCGCCGAAGGCCGGAGGAAGAGGAACAUCUACGACGAAAGGCGAUACCAUCCGUUGCUAUAAUUGUGGGACGACCGGACAUUUCUCUAGGGACUGCAAGGAGGAACAGAAGCGGGCGAAGGGCUCGUGCUUCGGAUGUGGCAGUUUGGAGCACCGCGUGAAGGAGUGUCCGAAGUCGCGGCCGAAAGCGAAGAAUACGACGAACGUGGUUCAGACGAUCUCGCCGAGCGUUCCAUACCUGGUAACUCUUGCGUAUCGGGUCGCGGACGCGUCUGGUAGCGUAUGUAAAUAUUCAUUGAUGGCGAUGAUUGAUUCAGGGUCCCCCAUUAGUCUAAUUAAAGGCGAUUUUGUACCGACUCAUGCUCGUGCGCCGUUUGUUAAACAACAAUCUUUUUUUGGUAUUAACGGAACUAAGUUGGAAAUAUUGGGGACCUUCGAGGAUGUCAUUGAAGUUAAUAAUAUCGAAUUGAAAAUAAAUUUUUUUGUUGUACCGGAUACGGCGAUGGCAUGUGCUGCUUUGCUCGGUCGAGACUUUACAUCGUCGCCGGUGAUAGAGAUAACCUUGGGGGAAAAAUUUAGUGUAUCGAGGGCAAAUUCGCGAACGGCGGAUAGUCCGGAUUUUUCGAAGCAAAUUUUAACUAUAUCGUAUGUCGACCACCCGUCGUCGGUUGCCGAGGCGAUAAACAUUAAUCCGCAAAUUGAUUUCAAAACGAAAGAACGCAUUGAAAAAUUGUAUCAUAGUAAGAAUAUUAUUGACACGGGAGUCGCAAAUCCUCAAAAAGAAAUUGAAAUGAGCAUAAAUUUGACGCAUGAUCGGCCUAUCAGUUUUAGACCGCGAAGACUCUCGUUUGCCGAUAAAGAGAAAUUAAGACAAAUAUUAGAUAAACUGUUACAAGAGAAAAUAAUAAGACCAAGCAAUUCGCCAUACGCUUUUCCAAUUGUACUUGUACGUAAGAAAGACGGCGAAUCGCGAUUAUGCGUCGAUUAUCGCGAACUUAAUAGGAUAACUGUGAAGGAUAAUUUUCCGACACCUUUGAUCGAUGAUCACUUGGACAGCUUGCGAGGAAAGUCCUACUUUUCGAGAUUCGAUUUAAGAAAUGGAUUCCACCACGUUAAGGUUGCCGACGGGUCGGUGAAGUAUACGUCUUUUGUGACCCCCUUGGGCCAAUUUGAAUUUUUAAAAACGCCUUUUGGGUUAAUGAAUGCUCCGCGUGUUUUUCAGCGAUAUAUUAACGGCAUUUUCUGCGAUUUGAUUCGAGACAAUAAAAUAUUGAUAUAUCUUGACGAUAUAUUAAUUGCGACCGAGAAUGUUGACGAGCAUUUGGAGAUUCUUUGCGAAGUCUUCAAUUUGGCUCGGCGGCAUGAAUUGCAGUUUCGCUUGGAUAAAUGUUCGUUCCUAUAUCGCGAGAUUAUCUACCUUGGAUAUUUGAUUGACGAGAGCGGCAUUCGACCCAGUGCUACGAAUGUGGAAUCUGUUGUCGAUUUUCCGGUACCACCCGAUUCUUGCCAUUUAUUCGCCGAGAUUGGCAACGGAGCUUCAUUGUGA